AUGGACAAAGCUCUCGAAGAUGCAGCGAAGCAGUGCGGUGUGUGCCAGAGCGUUGUGUCGAUUGGACAGCAUACCCUUCUGCAGCCAUGGAGAAAGUGUACUAACAAGUGGCAAAGGAUACAUUUAGACUUUGCAGAGAAGGAAGGCAAGACUUGGUUGGUUGCGGUGGACUCUGACUCGAAGUGGUUAGAAGUUAAGAUAAUGGCAUCAACCACCGUGCAGCAAACCAUCGUGACAGUCAGGGGAUGGUUCGCAGCCCACGGACUACCAGUAGAGAUUGUCACUGAGAUUGCCACUGACAAUGGGCUGCAAUUUGGCUCGAAAGAAUUCACCGAUUUUCUACGUAAUAAUGCUGUGAAGCACACCCUGACCCAACCCUAUCAUCCACAAUCCAACGACGCAGCAGAGCGGCUGUUCAAACAAUAA